AUGAGAGAAGACGAUUCAAAUUGGUUUUCACGAUGGGAAGAACAACUACCUCCACCGGAAGAACUCAUGCCUUUAUCACAAACCCUAAUCACUCCUGAUCUAGCUAUAGCUUUCGAUAUCAGAAACCCUCACACCACAAACACUAUCAACGCUAAUCCACAACACCAACAACAUCAACAUCAUCAACAACAGCAACAGCCUCAACCUUCUUCUCUUCCUUCCUCAACCGAUUUCGCCGAUUCCGGCGAACUCGGUUCCGGCACAGCCGGCGAAGAGCCAGCCAGGACACUCAAAAGACCACGACUUGUAUGGACCCCGCAACUCCACAAACGUUUUGUUGACGCUGUAGCGCACCUCGGAAUCAAAAACGCUGUUCCGAAGACGAUAAUGCAGCUCAUGAGUGUUGAUGGUUUAACCAGAGAAAACGUGGCUAGUCACUUGCAGAAAUAUCGGCUUUAUCUCAAACGCAUGCAGGGAAUUUCCUCCGCCGGUGGCGGUGGUUCCGGCGGUGGCUCUGUCGGAGUCAAUGACCCUGCCACGGAUCACCUAUUUGCUAGCUCGCCUGUGCCGCCGCAUUUCCUUCACCCGGUUGCUCGGCCAAGUUCUGAUCAAUAUAUGCCUUUUCUUCCUGUGCCUGCCAUUCACCAUCAACAGCAACUGGCUGCUGCUCAGUAUCACCGGCCGGUGGGACAUUUUGGGUCGCCGCCGAAUGGUCAUUUUGACAAUCCAUUCUUGUCUAGACAGCAACAGCAUCAACAGCAACACCAACACCAGCAGCAGCUUCAUAGGAUUGGGGCACAAAUGCAUAAUAACCCUGUUGGUGGUUAUGUGGAGGAUAUGGAAUCAGCGAAUGCAUCAGGAGGGAGAAAGGUUCUUACUUUGUUUCCUACCGGAGACGAUUGA